AUGGCUGAACUGUUAUUUAUUUUAAGUUUUGUGCAAUUAUCCAAGCUAGUUCUUGUGAUCGAAGAUCACAACUGGAUAACUGUUGGUGCUUAUUUUCUGCUGACCAGACAAAUAAAUUUGGUUAAUUUCAUAGAUUCAUAUCUGUUAAUCACUUGUGUCAUGAUGAAAAUAACACAAGCAUCACUAAUCGUUAUAUGCUCAAUUCAUUUACUCUUUACUGAAAGCUUGCUGCGAACUGAACGACCAGAAGGUUAUCGCGUAGAACGGGUUGGAUUACAUGGAAGAAGAGUCAACUUUACAUGGUACAGGAAUGUAACAAUCCGGAGCUGGGUUCAGGCAGCUGACAAGUGCUCUUACUUAAAUAGCCUGCUUCCUAAAGUCAAUGAUAUGCGUUAUUUCUACAAAACAUUACAGUCGGAUGAUAUUAUUUCACCAAUAAGUAAAACGUCUGAGAGUAAAACUCACAGCGGUGUCGUCUUUUACCUUGGGGAUGUUCUAGAAGCCACAAUGGACUAUCCUAACAUCGAAAGUGGCGAGAGAAUGUGUCUGACAAUUGAGAAGGUUCCGGGAUCUCAGUUACAUCUAGCCGAAUCAUCUGCAGUGAAAAGUUGCUUAACUCAUGCUAACCUACUUGUAUGCAAAUCCGAAGUAGACAGUAGUAGCGUGACAAAUUACGAUGAUGAUUCGUACCCACAUAUGUGUAAUUUUGCGGAUGAUAAAUGGUUUGGUCCAUUGCCAAAAUGGAUUCUUGAUUUGAAGCAAAAAGCAGAAUUCAGACAAGAUCAUAUAUGCCUAAAGAAGCUUUUAUUCUGUAUUACAGCAGUAUGUUCUGGGCUAAUCGUCGUCCUUUUCAUUACAAGUACAAUAAUUUUGGCUGUUCGGUACAAAUGCCUAGUUUUAAAAAUGAAAAGAAAACAGACUGGAAUGGAUGGAACCAACGUCUGGGCACAAGGUUCAGAAAUAUCACAAUGUCCUUUAGGUGAAACAGAUGGAAGAUUAGAUAUUCUAGCUGACUCAGCGUUUCGUCGUGAUCCUAGUGGUUUCACAAGAGGAAGUUAUAAAGAAGCACUAGUUAAUAGCGGGUACCAAAGAAUUUCCAAUGGACGAAUUAAAGCCCUCCGUACAUCGGGUAAACCUCGAUCUGAUACAAUAACAUAUUAG